GUGGAAAAAAGAUUAGGUCAAAGGGAGUCGAAUUAGUACAAUUACGAACUUUUCCGUUUUUUGACGUAACACUGCUGAUGAUGUAAUAAUUGGAAGUCACCCUGGUUGUGCGUUACAUUUCAGCGCGCUUUCGCGCAGAUGUUUGAACAAGAGAUUUGUUUAGGCAAUCUUUUGUUCUUUCCUGGAUGCCGGAGGAAGUCAAACAGAUUGAGUGGCAGCAUGUUGACAAGCUUAAAUACUACACCUACGGAAGUGUUUUCUUCGUUGGAGUAAAUACUAUUUUAUACCCAGCAGAUGUGAUCAAAACUCGACUGCAACUGCAGCGGACAAAUGCUCUCUACAAAGGAACGCUUGAUGCUGUUUUCAAAACCUUCAGAUCUGAAGGACUUAUUGGGUUUUACAAAGGAUUCCUGGUGAGCCAAAUGAGUGUUUUAACUGGGCAUUUCUACGUGACAAGCUACGAAGUUUCACGUUCGCAAAUGUCUUUCUUUGGCGAUGGCACUCGAGGAUUUGUGGCCGGUGGAGUUGCGGCGCUAAUGGAGCAGUUUUUAGCAAAUCCAAUCGAGGUGAUUUCUCAAAAGCUUAUGAUUCAAGGACAAGGAGAAAACAACACAAAACUUAAGGGAGCUCUUCACAUCUCUGCAGACGUGUUUAAAGACUACGGUGUGGGUGGUUUCUACAGGGGAUUUGUCCUCUCGUUAAUGACCGGAGCAUUGUGGAGCGCUGUCUGGUGGGGCUCAUAUGGUGUGUACAUAGACAUAAUUGGGGAUUACGCCCCACAUGGUACAUCUCAUCUUCUAAUCCAGAGUGUCGCUGGUGGACUUUCAGGGUUGAAUGCAGCCGUCAUUGGGAAUCCGUUUGAUAUUGUAAAAACAAGACUUCAGGUUGAAGGUGGAAAAUCCACGACCAAAUCCUUUCAAGAACUACUCAAGAAAGAAGGACCAAAGUCAUUGACCAAAGGAAUGCUUGCUAGUAUAUUGUCUUGGGUUCCUUCAAGUGUUAUCAUGAUAGCUGCAUAUGAAACUGUUAAGAAACUCAGCCUAAAAGAGAAAUCCAUUGACUUGUUUAUUUAAUAAGUACAUGUAACACACUAAAUCUUCAACAACUACUCACCUCAUCAAAGCAAGGGUAGACCACAGGGUAAGGGGAGAUUUCUGAGUUUUUAGCAAUUGCUCAAUUUGGUGCUUGUCAUGUAAAGCAUAGGAGCCUAAAGGACUCCUGGUAUGUUUUAUUCAAAAAAAAAAAUUUCUCCUCUGCUGUGUCAUACAGGUCAACCCUUGCUGCACUUCUAUAAUUAUAUAAAUGUCAGAAAAUGACAAUUACAAAGAAAAUAUUAAUUAUUUCAACUUGAGAGACAUUUGGUGCCCUUGCUAUUGAUUAGGAACAGUUCCAGCCAUGUGAAUUUACCGUUACAUAAUCUUUAUGCACUCUUCAGCGUGGAAGGGAAUCCUUUUACUGCCAUUACAUUGUAACCCAUUUUAAUAAAACAGUAAUUCCACUUGUGUAUAUUGUAUAUUAGAUAAUCUGAGCAAAAUCAAAACUACAAUUACAUUGGUUAUCUAUCAACUUAGGAUUAAUCUUCUUGCAUUCUAUCACAAAUGCUGUAAUCUGAUUGGCUACAUAUAACUCACCAUCUAAUGCUACCUAUUUGUCACACUGUCCAAUAAAAGUUCAUAACUUAAACAUUAAGAAUACAUUUGUGAAUAAGAGUUUAACAUAACUAGUUUAAUAACUUCUUCUAAAUGUAAGUAUAAAGAAAAACAAAAAUUUUGAAUAGCAUGUAACGCACCUCUUACAGUUUAUUUCACUUUCAAACAUACCUGCACUGUGUGCUGUUAAAUAAACUUUAGAUUCAUUUUCUCAUAGAAGAAGGUCAACUGGUACAUUGUUAUCUCUGAACAUGUUUGAACAAUACAUAUUUGUGCCUCAAAAUUUGUUACAACUUGGAUUGACUGGUUUUUAAAGAAUCAGACUUCAGCUUCACUGUCAUCUUAUUUUGUAUGAUUGGUAUCAUGUAAAUUAAUAUAGAAUAAAUUAAACACUACUUGGUCUCAUGUCCUUUACACAAUAGUGAAGUUUUAUGUUUGCUCUGUUUCUGGCAUUACAGUGGGCAUUCUGCAUCAAGAUCGGUUAACUUGACCAACCAUUAUACUAGUAAAGCUAACCAGCAUAAGCAGACAGUUUUCAAUGUGUAUGCUCUUUGAGAAGUACUCUCAUUUUUGUGACCAAAUGAAGUCUGCUCAUAAACUUUUAAAUCAUUACUUAUUAAAAUCAUAAUUAACAAUAACCAUUGGCAAAUGUCUAUAAAUUAAAUUUGGCUCUGUACAAUUGACAGUUAAUCAUAUAAAUUACAAUAUAGAGUAGACAGUAAUAUAUUUCUAAAAAGUUGUUUUUAAUAAACUGAGAUGUAUUUUAGGUAAAGUGGCUAACUAAAUCCUGCGCAAAAACAACAGCUUUUUGUCUUGUUCUGAUCUCUACUGAAUUGGUCAUAACUAAAUAUACAUUUCAAACAUACAUGUUUUACAUAAGUCCAUAGUUUUCUAAAAUCUACAGACAUCUUUUAACUUGAAACUUUUAAAUCAUUUUCUCAGCCAAUGACUUGUUCUUUCUUAUGAGGAGCUAUUUGAGUGAUGCUGACAUUAAUGACUGACGUCUCACAAACAAUCAGUGGCAACAUUGGCCAUUUACAUUGUUACAAUUGCUGUAUUUUAAAAAUAACACAAGCAAUAAAGGU